GGUGAAUAUCGAGGCUGAGAGUCUGCAAUGCCUCGAACUGGACAAGCUGGAAGAAGUAAUUACGAAAGUAGUUGGUCCAAAUCGAACGUGGUUAAAUGAUCUGGCUGCAUGGGCUCUGAGAAUUACCGAGUAUCCACAAGUGCAAUUACCAAAGUCUUGCAAAUGGACGUCUGCUCUACGGACAUUCGGAUUUGAAGGAAGAAUGAAGGAGAAAGUACGCAAGACGGUGAAAUCCAGCAGGGACUUCUGA